AUGGAUCCCAUACAGUCUUUCGCUGACCUUUUCGGCACGCCCCGUCCAGCCGCGACUUUCUUACUAGCUAGCUUCUCGUUUGUCCCGAUUGCGUGGCUUCACAGAUUUAUCUCAUCGCCUUCACUCCGCCAUCUGUACUGCACAGUAACGGGACUGCUUCUAUCGGUGUUCGUGUUCGGAUGGACGGCAGACGCGCACUUCUUCGUGUGCACGCUCUACUCCAUGGCCAUAAUGCGGCUGUUUCGUAGAAAAUGCGGCGUCCUAACGUUCUUCGGAACGUUCGCGUACUUGAUUGGGUGCCACGUCAUCAUGCGGACCCACGAGACCCGCACGGAGGGCGUGCUCGACUGCACAGGCGCGCUGACUGUCCUCGCUACAAAGCUUUCCGCUGUCGCAUAUAACUACCAGGACGGGCUCACGCUGCUGAAGGAGAAGGACGAAGGCGCGCAAGCCAAGGACGAGAAUGAGAGGAAGGAAUUAACGGAGGAGCAGAGGCGGCGGGAGGAGCGGAUGGAGCGUUCGCGAUUGGAGCGGCGAAAGACGGCGCUGGUUACCAUGCCGUCGGUGCUGGAGCUGAUGGGGUACCUGUUCUGCUCCGGGCUGCGCAUAACAGGCCCGUUCUUCGAGUUCAAGGUUCCAUCUGAUCUUCACGCUGAAACUGCUGUCCCUCCUUCCGCCAUCCUUCCAUGCAUUCCUUCAUGGCAUCAUCUCCACACGCGUGCUUCACCACUCUGCACGUUCCCAUCCACCCCCCUCCUCACCACCUGGAGAUCUGCUCCCCAGGUCUCAAGCAGCCAUCUCUCCUCCCGCCCUUUUUCCACGCGUUCAUCCUUAACCUCACUCUUCUGUCCGUUGCCAUCCAUCCCUCCCCUGCACAUCUGGUUCCCAGGUUUCAAGCAGGCACCCAUCCUCCCGCCGUUCUUCCGCGCGUUCACCCAGGGCGUCCUGGCAGCGACCGUCUUCCUGCUCGUGUCCCCCUCGCUUGACCUCACGCGCAUCAGCGACCUGCGCAAGAACCGCUCCUUCCCCUUCCACCUGCGCUGGCUCUACGCGCACCACGCCGGCAUCGUGUGGCGCUUCCGAGCGUACAUCCUCUGGAGCAUCACUGAGGCUGCCAUGAUUGUUGGUCGCCUGGGGUUCAGUGGCUGGGAGGCCCCCAAUGGGGAGACUGGAAAGGGCGGGGACGUGAAGGGAAACGGGGGGAAAUCGGAAGGGGGGAAGGGGAAUGGGAAGGGUGGCGGGGAUGGGGAUGCAGGGAAGCAUGAGGGUGAUAAGACUUGUGCGGCGCCUGCAGGGGAGGGGAAGGCGUUGUGGAACCGGGCUCGCAACGCGGACAUACUGGGGGUUGAGUUUCCCAAGAGCUGCCUUGACUUCGCCACCACGUGGAACAUUUCCUACGGUCUCUGGCUCAGGCUCUACGUGUACGAACGCAUGGUGCCGCCCGGCAGAAGGCCCACGUUCGUCCACAUGCUCACCACCAUGCUCGUCAGCGCCGUCUCCCAUGGCUUGAAUUGGGGUGACUUCAUCUUUUUUGCCAAUUGGGCGCUUGUUGUUGCCAGCUCUAAAGCCAUCUACCAGCUCAGUGCUGGAAUCGCCAAGGGCACCAACACCCACCGCAUUGUAACGCUUCUUCAUACCCUCUAUAGCAUCUUCGUCUGCAGCUACUUGGCCAGCGCCUUCUGCGUGAUGACACUAUCGGGAGCAUACUCAGCCUAUAGUGGCAUGUACUAUACUGGUACUGUCAUCCCGAUUCUCUUGAUUUUUCUGCCAAUGGUGUACAAGCCUCGCCGCCCAAAGACUUUCAAGACACUGUAG